AUGCCCCUGGGUGACCGAAAACCCAGCGAGCUGUUUAGCGAGAUGAAGCGUGUUGCCGGCACCACCCUCAAUGACAGUUUGUUGAACGAUUUGUGGGUAACGCGUCUCCCACCGUACGUACAAGCAGCACAAAUUGCACAAAUUGCCGACUCCAUCGUGGAAUCCAUCGGUUGGCAAAACGGUCAUGUAGACAUUGUAUCUGCAAAUAACGACAUUUCUAUCCUGAAAACCGAAAUCGCAGAAUUAACGCGCUGUAUGAAAAAGCACCUUAACUUUAAGAAUGACCGUAUUCGUUCAAGGUCACCUUCACGAACUAAAAGAGUACGACAUAGCGCACAACGUGAUACUUCGGAGAACUUUUGUUGGUACCAUCGAAAAUUUGCUGACAAAGCUACGAAGUGCCGUACUGGCAAGCAACCUGAGGUCGCCAACAACCACCGACUUCGUAUCUUUGACUCUUCGUCGAACAUUAGCUUUCUCAUCGAUACUGGCGCUGAUGUGUCCGUAAUACCGUCAAAUACGAAGACAGCUAGAGUCAACACCACCGGAUUGAAAUUGUUUGCCGCGAACGGCUCACCUAUUAAAGUAUACGGUGAAGUUCUAUUAAAAUUAAAUUUAAAAUUACGUCGCGAAUUCGUUUGGAAUUUUCUGAUCGCCGACGUCUCUCAUGCCAUUAUCGGCGCAGAUUUUUUGAGUAACUUCGAACACUUGGGAGAUCACCAGACCGCCUCCAAUGGGCACGUCAACCAACUCCGCUGUAGCUCAUCGGAUUUUAACGAAUGGCCAGCCCGUUUUUCGCGGCCACGACGACUCUCGCCAGAGAAAUUAACUGCAGCUCGAGCCGAAUUCGACUAUCUUCUAAAGUUGGGCAUUUGCCGUCCAUCCAGCAGUAACUGGUCCAGUCCACUGCACAUGGUGCGGAAAGCCGAUGGAACAUGGAGGCCAUGCUGGGAUUACCGAGCCCUUAAUGCACAGACAAUACCGGACCGUUACCCCUUACCGUUUCUGCAGGAUUUCGCAAAUGUGUUAGCAGGCAAUACAAUUUUUUCAAAAAUUGACCUACAGAAGGCAUUUCAUCAGGUGCCUGUACACCCCGACGACGUGUGCAAAACUGCUAUAACUACGCCGUUCGGACUCUAUGAGUUCACUAAGAUGACUUUCGGCCUUCGAAAUGCUGCCCAAACAUUCCAACGCAUAAUAAAUGAAGUAUUUCGUGGCCUUGACUUUGUUUUUACAUACUUAGACGACGUAUGUGUAGCUUCAAAGUCGAAUGAGGAACAUCGAAAACAUCUGCGACAGGUGUUUAAAGAUUACGAGAGCAUAACCUCACAAUUAACGCAGCGAAAUCGGAAUUUGGUGUUACGAAACUCGAAUUUUGGGGCAUUCCAUCACCAAGGAUGGUAUUCGACCAUUAGAGAAUCGCGUAGAGGCUAUUCGGAACUUUGA